AUGACUUUCGUUAACAAGCUGAGCAAAAGCUUCCGCUGGCUGCGCUGCUCAACAUUGUGCGCAAUUUUGUUUUAUAUGUUCUUCAUUGGCCUGAUCCUGCACAGCACCAGCCACAAGCUGCAGCAGCAGCUAAAGGAGCAGGGCAGCAGUAGCAGUAGCAGUAGCACAAGUAGCAGUAGCAGUAGCAGCAGUGGUGGCAUCAACACACAGGCCGAGUCCAAAAUGGCGCCCAACGUGGGGCAUAAUGGCGGCCAACGCGGACAAAAUUCGCUGCAGGAACUGGAGCAGCAACAAAAACACGAGCAAAGGCUGAGGUCUGAGCCCGUGGCAAACAGUUUGGAUUUGGGGGAUUUGGCGGGGAACGGAUACCACCACCUACACCAGAUUCGGCCCCAAAAAGCGGUGCAAAGUGCGGCUAGCAGCAAUGCCAGCAAAUCCCCUAACCAGCCAGAAACAGUUAUUUUAGCGGCCAGCAAUGUGAACGAGAAGCAAAUACUGGCGAAAGCUUUCAAACGGGCUGAUCGCAAUCGCGAUGGCAUUUUGUCGAUCCAGGAGUUGGGUCAGUACAUCAACCGUCGGAUUGUGGAGCACAUCGAUGAGGCAAUCAUGAACAAUGCCCGCGAGUUCCGGAGGGUGGACAUUGGACCCGCCGAUGGACUGAUCACCUGGGACGAGUACCACCGGUUCUUCUUGAGGGAACACGGCAUGACAGAGGCGGACAUCGAUGAGCACGACGAGAUUCGCCACACGGCUCUCAACCGAAAGGCCAGGGAGGAUAUGAUGAGGGACAAGGCUCGAUGGUCAGAGGCAGCUCGAACGGAUCUGUUUACUUUAACCAUCGAUGAGUACUUGAGUUUCCGUCAUCCGGAGUCCAGUGUGUCCAAUCUCUUGGAACUCGUUGACGAUCUGCUGCGUCAGUUCGAUCAGGAUGGAGACGAUCAGCUCACUCUGGAGGAGUUCUCCGAUCUAAAUGUGGACGAUGACGAUGAUCUGAUGAGAAAGUCGUUGAUUUCGAAGACAUUGGUGGAGCGACGCGAGGAGUUCAAGCGGAUCAUCGACAAAAACCACGACGGCAAAGCGGAUCGAGGGGAACUUCUGAACUACGUGAAUCCCAAGACUCCGCGAUAUGCUCUUCAAGAGGCGGCAACUUUGUUUAGUCUAUGCGACGAAAACAAGGACGAGUUGCUAACCAUCAAGGAGAUGACUGACAAUGCUGAGAUAUUUCUGCAAUCCAAGAUGAUCGACACUGCGAAUAGUUUUCACACCGAAUUCUAAUUAAGAUUUAACCCAUCAUCACCCUUAACCCUUUGAGCAUUUAUAGUGAUAUUAAUUUGUAAGUUCUGGCACCUAAAAUAGACAACUUAGUAGCAAAGCGCCUUUUUUGUUAUUCAUUUUUAUGAGCCACUAAGAUCAGAUGUAAGGCAUAAAAAAGGAAAUCAUUUCGUUGUGUGAUUUUUCAAUAAUUAACUUUUAAGAAUGCUAAGCAAACAAAACUUGACACAAAUACUCAAAAUAAAUAUAUAUACGUAAUUGUAUGAAACUCGAGGAGUGGCU